AUGGCAGCUGCCCCGCUAGACAGCUCUAGCACCCCGCCUCGCCUUCGCUCGACAGAAUCCUCGACGUACGCUUGCGACGAUCCCAUGGAAGAUAACGAGCUGCAGGAGACCAGGAAGCGUCCCCGUCUCGAUAGUGGAAGCGGUGCCUGCGAGUCUAUGUCCAUCGACCAACCCCCGACCGGUCUUACUCCCGAUCCUGUUGCAGUUGCUCCUGCCGCGGCUGACCCGUCACCUUCUACACCGAGUCGCUCUGCCAGCAGAGUAGCUAUCAAUAUGAAGUCCACCGUACCGGCAGAAUUGGCUCCGGAGCCUUCAGGUGCGGUGCCUGAGGAGCCCAUUCCCGUCCUGCCCGAACAGAUUGUAAAUACCGGCGCUCAUUCAUCAACGGCCAUCUCGAUAUCGUCUUCGACUGCACAGAGCCCCGAAAUAGAGGUUGCUGAAGUGGAGGAUAUGGAUCAGGACCCGGCUACCUCGAAUUGGAAAUCUCUGGAAGAAGCACUGCGGGAUCGAGCUGCCCCAGAGGUCGUUCAACUCCAGGAGCCGUUAUCUCUGACAGAACUCUUUCCCAAGCUAUCAGGGACGUCGGGCCUACGUGAAAGCCUGGAGGAGAUUUGCUCGAUGCUUGAGAAAGGUAGUCCACACGACGGCGAGCUUUUCAUCGCGAUAAAGAAUUGGAUGGAUGAUUGCUUGGCCAACCUCAACCAGUUAACUUAUGGCGAGCUCGCCAACGAGAGAGACUUCUGGGAGGAGUUCCCUUGCGUAAUUGAAAGCUUGCUACGCAGAGUUCAAGAUUUCCUGCCCGAUGCUGGCCAAGGGCCAUGGAAUUCCCUGGAGGAAUUUUUUGUUGGCUUUGCUCGGCUUACCCUUCAUCUGGUGCACUUGGACACCAUGAGCCUAUCUCACUUGGUAGACAAGACUGAUGUUCCGGCCCCGGAACAGCUGUCCAGAUGCUAUCUGCCGUCGUUGGGAUGGAUCUUACAGAUAUACCCUAUUCCUUUUUUUCGAACACUGGAGAGAUACCAUGGCGCCGAAGUUGUAAAUCUCAUUGCUCGCAUCAAUGACCAGAUUGCAGCUCCUCCAAUUGGCGCCUUAAAGUAUCUCUCCGAAUACGCCGCUUGUGUCUUGACCCUUCUUCCUCGAUGGCCACAACUUGCUUCGAUUCUGGUCUCAAUCUUGACCAUUGCUCAAAACAUGAUAGAAUCUGGGAAUGAGCGGAAGAAAUAUCCAGCCGAUGAAAUGCUCAUCGAAUCACCUGUCUUUGCGCGUACUAUGAAAGCCAUCUAUACCCUUUUUCGAGCUGUGGAUGAGGAGUACCAACAACACAUAUCUAAGAAGUCCCCCUGGCUUACGAGUGAUAUAAGCGAGUCUAUCAUACGUUCCACCUCCUUCACCUAUCUCAGUCUAUCUCAGCAUGAUCCAAACAUUGCUCUGCAACUUGCAAAGGACCUAUCUAUAGAAUUUCCCGAGCGCGCGACACCAGACGAGUACCCGACAAUUAUCCAUUGGGCCUGGAAGUUUAACGCUUUGAAGAAAAGUAUCAUGGAAGGCCGCAUGGAACUAAGGGUCUAUUGUAUGGAAACCAUGCAGAGUGACCUAGUUAGUGUCUGGAGACAAUUUAUUCAAACGAACCCCGCUGGUAUUGAACACCCAAUUGUUCAAUACCUCCUCAAAUUCCUGAGAGAAAACAAGAUCGUUGAAUACGUGGUCGGAAUUGGUUCCCACCCCCAAUUGAUCAGCAGGAGCGGUAACAUUGUGGGCUUUCUGGUCGUUACGUCCACAUAUACCGAUGCAGAUACCGAUACGAUAUGGAGGACGGUGACAGAAAGCGAGGACCCUAGGGCAGUAUCUGAGGUUUUGGGGAUGCUGUCUAGAACGAUCCCUAUGCACCAAGCUAAUUCCACUGCUUUGUUAUAUCUUUGCUCUAAGCUUCUUGAACUUCCGUUAAACCGGUUUGAUUCACGGAUGCUCGAAUUCUGCGAUCAACUUCUCCAUCAACUGCGCGAGAAAUAUGGUGAGCGGAGCCGCCAUGAACAGUUGGACAGCCUCCACGUAGAUACCAUCCCUCUGCGUCUAUGUGUCCGUCUGAUUCGCGAAAGCACCGCGUCAGGGGAUUUACCUGUUGAGAACAAGGCGCUUCUACAAAGAUUUGCUGGUUCGCAGUUGGGCUCAUUUAUUAGUGUCGGGCUGAGUGAUAUGGAUAGGAUGGAGAUGUACGAGCGCUGCAUCCAGGAUAUUGCAGAGAUGAACCAGUUUGCCGCAGGGAGCAUACAGGCACUAAAUGCCCUCUUACCCCCUCAGGAUUCCCAGGAAAUUAGGAAACUGGCUACUGACUUUGACUUGGCGCGCCUAGCGAUAACGGAAAUUUCUUAUGCCUUGGAAUCAAACCGAACCGAUUUUGCCGACCCCUUCUCUCGAAAUGGCUUCAUUUCACGCAUUCAGAUGCUCAGCCGCAUCAUCGAUAAGGUCCCGGACACCAUAACACCGGAUUUGAGUGAUGUACUUUGGAAGAAGAUUUUCAUGUCAAACGAACUCGUUGAACAAGCCCGCAGUGCCUUAUGGGAUAUGCUUUGCAGGACAACCAGUCGCUCUUCGAAACGAAACCCAUUUAUUGACCGUUGUAUUCAGGAGUAUCUCCCCCAAUUAUCACCCGACGAUUACUCUCCAGAGCUAUUGUCUUUUGCCAAACACACGAUGACAUACGAGAUCCGCUUUAAUCCCCCGCCAUCUGCCGGCGAGAAUGAGGUUGUCUGGAUCCCCGGCAUGGACCGGAUAUGGACUUUUAUCUUGACUGCUCGGCCGGGUUCAAUUGAGACAGAGGCAACGAAUUUUGCAAUUGAAGUUUAUCUCGACCAUAUUCUGAUUAACAAAGCUCCUCGGUCAGCUGUCGAAGCCACCCAUAUUGCUAUAGUCGAUCGCUGUGUCGAACAGCUGAAAUCUGCUGCCGCAAACUUAAAGUCCUCCACUGGCAGUUCUACUGCAAAUGGUGGUACAGCAGUUGCCGCGCCCGUUUCUCAAGAGGACAUUAGAACAGAGGAAUUGCGAUUUUCCCGGUCUUUACUUUUUCUCCGUCAGCUGCUUCAGGGUUUGAGGGCAAGGCCCCAGUACAGCCCGCCGCAAGGCCCACCUCCUGACUUGCCUGAGAGACCGGAGAAAGGUGACCCGGUUGAGAUUUCUUACCAGGCUUUCAAUGGCGGUAGUCAGUCGAAAGUCAGUACUUUUCGGAUUGGCGAUCUCUCUACUGCAUCCGAACUAGUCGACAGGCUUAUUCAACUUACAGGCUUUUCCAAAUUCAGCACAAUAUACGGCGGCCAAAAGAUUGACUUGCUCGAGAACCCUGGUCUUCCGGUCAGAGAGAUGAAAGUGCAUCCGGGAUUGCUGAUCGUGCGCAAAGUCCCUGAAAGCGUGGAUAUCUCAUUCAGUAGACGCCAAUCUCAGACCUUGGUGGAUUCCGAGGUUCUCAAACAUUUUGAUGAUCUGUAUGACCUUCUUAACCUCGAUGACCACUUGGCGAGAGAGAUCUAUGACUUCCUUGUUGUGUUUCCACCCCAGGACCGGAUUCGACAAUUGGUGAAAUCCGAGAAGACCGAACAGGAUAUAUUUCCUAUACAAAAACCCUUUAGCUUCCUAUACUCGCUCAACACCCUCUCGGUCUGCCUACGAGAGGAGGCUCUCGAAGUAACACCGAAUCAAUCUUUCGUGUCUCACAGCAUUAAUACCCUGGUUGCCUCAUUAAUCCGCCCAGGAACGUCGGAGUCUAUUUCUCAAGAUCCUAUCAAGCUCCUGCUUGCUUGCAAUUCGGUGGAAUGUCUUCUCUUGGCCUUAUUGGUAAAACCUCGCCUUGGAGAUGGCUCUUCCGUCGUCCUGGAUCCUGCGCCUUUGAUCCGACAGCUACUCAAGAUAAUCGAGACGGUACGACCUCUGUCGGUUGCGCCGCUCUCUCAAAUCGGUACUCAGAAGUUGAUUUGCAAUUCCUUUGCCGUCCUGAUGGAGGCUUCUGUGCGCGAUAAUAAAUUUUGGACUGUGCUCAAGGGACUUGUUCAACUUGACCGCCUAGUUUUUAUGCUGCUACUGGACGAAAGUCGCCAGCCUAUACGAAAAGGAAUCGCAGAGAAUAUAGCCAUCAUCUGUGGCGGUCCAAAAUCUCUGAAGAAGCCAAACAAGCUGGGGACUCCAGGCCCCACCAGUCCCGAGAACCCUGCCAGCAUCGAUAUACUUGCCACAAUCUGGGAUGGCUUUGUGAAAACCUUUCCUCAAACUCCAAACUAUGCGCAACAAUCCCAAGAAUUCUUCGAAGUUGCUCUCUCAGUUUUUUGCUCUGUUGCAGAUAUGUCGCCUCACGACCUUAUCUUCGGUGAUUAUCUGCGAGAAUGGAGUAGCAUCAUGUUAAGUCACCAAACCGAGGAGUUUGUUGGACGAGAGCCGGUGGACCCCUUAGUUCUGGGUUUCUGCCGUCUCCUUAAGUUGUGUCUUGAUUUGGCAGACUCUAAUAACACUUCAUUAGACACCUUUGACCUUGCUGAGAGCCUGUUUAACAAUUAUUUGUUUCCUGACCUCUCUAUGCCGUCGGAUAGCCCCAUGGCGCCCCAGGUCCCCGUUAUGAACACGCAGAUCCGCCAAGAGCUGUACGCCAUACUCAUUUUGCUUUGCAAGUAUGAUGAAAAUUAUUCGAAGAUGGUCUCUUUCCUAGAAGAUCUUAUCCCACAAGAUUAUACUUAUUCUCCAAACUGGGGAUUUGAGCGUCAAAAAAUGAUCAGGUCCCCAGAGGGUUACGCUGGGCUUAAAAAUUUGUCCAACACUUGUUACCUGAAUUCUUUGCUUACGCAGCUCUUCAUGAAUGUUGGGUUUCGUGAAUUUAUGUUGCAGCUUGAUGUUCCAGACCCAGGGUCUACCCAUAAGCUGCUCGAUGAGACGAAGAAGGUCUUCGGAUAUAUGCAGGAGACCUGGCUCAAAAGCGUUGACCCACAAGGCUUUGUGGAUACAAUCCGAACUUAUGAUAACGAGCCAAUUGAUGUAACCAUUCAAAUGGAUGUCGACGAAUUUUACAACCUACUAUUCGACAGAUGGGAAGCGCAGAUCCUUGAUCCGGAAGACAGGAAGAAGUUUCGAUCUUUCUACGGAGGUCAAUUGGUCCAGCAGAUCAAGUCUAAAGAGUGCCCACACAUAUCCGAACGCCUAGAACCCUUCUCUGCUAUCCAGUGUGACAUUAAGGGCAAGUUAUGCCUGGAGGAUAGUCUUCAGGCUUAUGUAGAAGGCGAGAUCAUGCAAGGAGACAACAAAUACUCUUGCACAUCUUGUGGACGCCAUGUGGAUGCAGUGAAGAGGGCUUGCUUGAAGGAUAUCCCCGAUAAUCUGAUAUUCCAUCUGAAACGAUUUGACUUCGAUAUGCUCACGAUGCUGCGGAGUAAGAUCAACGAUGAAUUUCAAUUUCCGGAACACAUCGACAUGAGCCCUUAUAAAGUUGAAUCUCUUUCUGAGCCCUCUGCAGACGUUCCACAGGAUAUCUUUCAAUUAGUUGGAGUAUUGGUACAUAGUGGGACAGCUGAGUCUGGCCAUUAUUAUUCUUAUAUCCGCAAGCGGCCAACAGACGGCUCAAAAGGAUCCUGGGUGGAAUUCAACGAUUCGGAUGUUACGAGUUUCGAUCCCUCUAAUAUUGCGGACCAAUGUUUUGGUGGAUUUAACGACUCGCAUAACGGUCCACCCUAUGGCCAAGUCCGUUUCAACAAAGUCUGGAAUGCUUACAUGCUGUUUUAUCAACGUGUAUCGAGCAUGGAGACAGCGAAAUCGAUCUACGAGCCCAUCAAAGGUGACGUUCCAGUUCGUGUUUCUUUACCGGUUCCUCUUGGAAAUCAUAUAGCGAUGGAGAACGAAAUUUUUAUCCGGACAUACUGUCUGCUGGAUCCCUACCACAUCUUCUUCGUUCGACAUCUCCUUAGUCAAUCUAUCGAUGCUCAGUCGGGUAGCCGGAAGGCAUCAUUGCUAAACAAGACCGUCAUCUUUAUUGCUUUGGAUACCUUGGAGCAGCUAAUAUCGAGAACAAGAGAGCCUUUUGGGCUUGAUAACAUUGUGACCGAAAUCAUGAGGGCGAUUACAAGUACCCCGAAAGGUGCCUACAGGGUCCUUCAGUGGGUCUUGGAACGACCAACUGGGGUCCGCAAUUUGAUUCUGAGGUGUCCAUACGCAGCGAUCCGAAAUAGUUCGUUGAAAAUCUUCGCAUCAGCUCUCACAAAGCUUCAGAUGCUUUCAAACGAUGUAGAUCUCCAAGAUAUCGAGAGAGAAAAGUGGCGGAUGCGGUACCUGAAUAUCUUUGACGAUACUGUAGCCACACUGGCGGGGCUAUGGUCAAUUCUUCACACAUCUAAUCGCUCGUGGGAUGACUAUUUUGAUUUCUUGCUGCUGCUCGCAAACUUUGGUCCCCAUGAGAGCGGAGUAUUGCUCAACUAUGGGUUUCUGAAGAGGUGCCUGGAAAUCGUCUGGCUUGAUCGGGAAGAUCCUAAGAAACUAAAGCGGCAAUACGUGGCCUACUAUAAACUAAUGGAGAAGGGUCGGAGAUUUUCUCAUAAGAAGUUGACAGACUUCUUAUUCGUUCUUCUAAAGCACAUCAAUCUCACAAUUCCACCUACGCCAGAUGGUGACGAACGGACCAUGCAUGAUGGCCAGUGUUCAAUGACAGUGUCGGAGAGCUACUUAAUUCGACCACUCGGAAGGAACAACGAAUUGCUGUUACUGAAGAAACUCUUGCAGCAAUAUAGUAGUCCUGUUGCGUGCAAGAACAUUCUUACUCUGUUCUUACAGUUCGAACCCGAGGCUCAGCUGAUGGAACCGAUCUGCAAGACCUUGGAGGAUGGUCUGAGAGUCGCCCCAGCUGCGCUAUGUGCUCCGUUCCUAGACGCAACUCUAGUUUUCUGCAAGCAAAGCCCAGAUGAAGAAAGGAUAGUUGGCUUGAUUGACUUUGUGGCCAAGGGAGUCGAGUCCAUCAACAACAGCGGUGGUAAAGAGCACCUCUCAUUCUUUACGAACAUCUUGACGGUUCACAAUGAAAUUAUUGAGAAAGAUGAUACGUGGUUCUCUUCUCAAGUCAUAAAUAGAGUCGCAGACUGGGCGCCGACAUUGCUCAUCUACGCCGACAAGACGGUUAGGAAUAUGACGUUCGAAGUUCUUCGCCAGAUCUUGUUUGCCGAUGAGGGUGAAGAGACGGAUGAUGAGUGGCAGCUACAUAUCACAGAAGUCGCCAAAGAUCUCGCACAGGCAUGUGUCGACAAGCUGAGGAGAACGUAUCUCUCCAUCUCUGAGCAGAGUGUUGAGGCGCGGGCUGUAGAUAUCAUUAACAUGGUGAUAUCUCAUUGCUUGGAGAAUUACUUCGGGGAUAGCGAGGAAGACCAGGAAUUCAUUCGACAGGCAAACGGUUCGUUUUUCUUUCUCUUUGUUGAGAAUUGCGGUAUGCUCGAGUAUCACUAACGUAGGAGGAUAGCCGUUGGCACUGCCAUCGAGGAACUUAUAGUCGAUUUGCCUGAAGAGCUGGCUUCCGGUAAGGCCGGCCCUUUCCUAUGUUUGCAUCAAUCGUCUAACCGUUGCGGUCCAGAAUCUGAUCUACCGUCUCCAGAUGAAUGGGAAGAUAACUCGGUCAUGGCAAGUGAAUCCGACAUUGGUCUUGCCGAAUCUCCAUGAUAUUCCCGCUUUUCUCUCUUCUUUGUUUGCUAGAAAAGAAAGUUGUGAUCAUAUCAUCACACAUGAGCGAUGGAUUUUACGACAAAAAAUUAUCUCUGUUCCUUAUACGUCUGCAUAAAUCGGCGUCUUGAUUCAACUUUUCAGCUCUUCUGAAUGAAUAUUGGUUCGGUCAAAGGGAACUUUCUCGUACUUGUAUUGCUACAGGGUUCAGUCUUGUCUGAUAGGCAUGCCAUGUAUUUUAAAUUGGUUGUCUGUAUCUCCGACAAGUUUUGUUAUUUGUGGUUCGCAUUCUAAGCCAAGGCGGAUUUUCUUCUUUUCUUCUUGUUAUGCCGGCAAAAGAUAGAUACCAGUGCUCGAGGGAAAAUAUAAAGACGGA